GCUGCAAUUUCCUGCACUUUGUUGUGAGUCACCUCCAGAAUGAUGAAGAAAGUUGCCAGUCUCAGCUGAGACUUUACAUGUACUUGUGGUCAGGAGAACCUGUAGGUGUUUCCAACGGGUCUCCUUGUAAUUGGUUGCCUUGUCAGACUUAUGGCCAGGGUGCAUGGCGGGGUAAGGCAAAAGGGAGGGGAGAGGAGAGCUUAAGCAGCACAAAACCUCAACCAGGCGAAAAUUGCCAGCGGGGCCCGUGCCAUGGCGGCAGAUAUAAGGUGGUGUUGCGCCCCUCGAAUUUGGCAGAUUAACAGCAAGAUGUCGGAAGAUGUUGGUCGAAGGGGUUUCCGUUGUCUGGAGUGCGGAGGAAGUAAUGUUUUUCAGCGCCGAGUCCAGAAGCCAAAUAUUUUGCUGAAUGGGGGGCGUCCAUACCAGAAGUGCUACGGCUGUCGUGAUCUCUUUUGGCUCGAUGGCAAAGGCCUCUGGCCUACUAACCCGCCUUGCCCAGAAUGUAAGAUCCCUUGCCGUCUGCAACUUUGUAGAGGAGGAUCUGGCUGUCAAUCGUGCUGUGCUUAUGGAACCUGUGGCUACUAUGAGCCGAGAACUGUGGCAGAGGCAGAAGUGUGGAUAGAGGAAUUCCGACGUCAGGUGCAGAUAGAUCUUAGCCGUCUCGCUCUCGAAGAGGCAUUUCUCAGGAGGUGUGGGCUGCGAGAGGAAGCUCUGGAGAUGAGGCGUCUUUUUGAGCGGCGCCGAACCUUGAAGAGGGAAGAGGAUGAGGCGCUUGAAAUGAAGGGGUUCUUGCGGCGAAGACGGGGUUUGACUAUGGGGGAUGCGAACAUCUGAAGCUUGGGGGCAGUGUGCAGUUCGAGUCAAAUGUAAAGCCACAAAGGCUUUAGCGCGGGCUCAUGAUGUGUUAUGGGGUAUUUUCGCAAGUGCUAGGGAAAGAAAAGAGAUGGGGACUUACCCUGUGGCUUUAUUCCACAGGUGCGCCUAGGGAGAGCUGACGCCGCAAGGAGGGAAAUUGAUUGUUUUCUGAUGGGAU